AUGCGCACGUUGCUGCUGCUGAGAUUGGUGUUUGUGGGAGUGGGCGUGCUAGUUACUGAUAUCUCUACGGCAACUACGUUACAAACUGAUAACAAUAUUGCUCAGGCUAGUAGUAAUUAUAUUGAGAGCAGUUCUGAUAGCGUUGAUGACAUGGAUCCCAACGAUAAGCAACGGAUAACAGCCAGUGUUGAGGCUAGUCUUCUUUCAUUGCUUGGAUUCUCCAAGAGGCCCAGACCUAAAGGCAAACCACAUGUCCCGGAGUCUCUCAAGAAAUUGUAUGCCAAACAAAACUCUAUUUCAAGCUCUAAUAUUGCCAAAAAAGGAUUACACACCAGAUCGGCGAAUACUGUUCGGUCUUUUUCGCAUAUUGAAAGCCCACUGGAUGAAAAAUUCCAGUCGUCGAAUCGUUUCCGGCUGUCAUUCGACCUGAGCAGCAUCCCUCAAGAAGAAGUCCUAAAAGCCGCAGAAUUAAGCUUGACGCGAAUAGCACUGGAAUCUGGAUCAUCAAAAAAAUUAGCCCGAAUCUUAGUGCACGACAUAAUCCGGCCGGGUGUAAAAGACCAGCACAAGCCUCUGCUGCGACUAAUCGACAGCCGGGUGAUCGACAUGACCAGUAAUUCAACAAUAAGCCUGGACGUGCACCCAGCAGUGUCUCGCUGGCUGCAAGACGGCAACAACCAUGGCCUGCUGAUCCAGGUGAGCAGUAGAAAUAGAACCAGCGACUCCCACGUGAGACUGAAGCGCAGCGUCGACGAGUCCCACGACACGUGGUCCUCAUCCCGCCCAACAUUAUUCACCUACACCGACGACGGGCGCAGCAAGAUGGCCUCAGCCUCCGAGAUCAUGGACCGCCGGGCCCGACGAGCUGCUCUGCGAAAAAACAGACGCAAAGACGGCCGUGAAAAUUGCCGAAGACAUCCUCUGUACGUAGACUUCGUAGACGUCGGCUGGAACGACUGGAUCGUCGCUCCUCCAGGUUACGACGCUUUUUACUGCAACGGAGACUGUCCGUUUCCUCUGUCAGACCAUUUAAACUCGACGAACCACGCCAUCGUCCAGAAUCUCGUCUACUCGACGAAUCCCGCGAUGCUUCCUCGAGCCUGCUGCGUACCCACCGCACUUAGCUCAAUAUCGAUGUUGUACCUGGACGAAGAAAACAAGGUUGUGCUUAAAAAUUACCAAGAUAUGGCAGUUAUUGGUUGCGGUUGUCGCUGAUGCUAUUAAAAGUAUUCUAUUAAAAUUUUACGCAAUCGACGAGGCAUUUGGGAUUUAGUAAUAACUUGUAUGGAUAAAUAUAAUUGUAUAUGUAUGUAGGUACGUAUUAUAUCAACACAAGAGAUGUGUUUACAACAGCUGUACGUAAACGCUGGCUCUUAAAUGACUCGACUGGAUAUAUAGGAUACAGAGUCACAUGACGACUGGACAAGAGGACAUACAACAAGCAACACGCAGUGAUGACGUUGGUGCGUGUUUGCCACUGUUACUUGUAUUGCUUUUCCAUUCUCUCCCUACCAUAUGUAUAUAAAUAAAUAAAUAAAUAAAUAAAUAAAUAAAUAUACAUACAGCAUCAGCAAGCGAGCAAGGAUUGCUCCAUCUCAGAAUCUCAUAUCAGCUUUGGCUUGUAUAUUGCUCGUUAGACCGAGCCCCGGUACAUACAGGAGAACGGGCGUCUCUUGAGAGCCCAGAGUGCGUGACGCUGCCGCAUUCUGUACACUUUCAGUAAUCGACAAACUCAAUAUAAAACAACUUAUGUACAUAUGUAUUAAACCAAGGUGCCUGGUUGUACGCUGGAUACGCUGUCUUCUUGUCUUCUUGCUUACUCGCACUCUGUAAUACAUAUAUAUGUAUGUAGAUAUAUAUAUAUAUAUAUAUAUAUAUAUAUAUA